GUGCAUACUUUAUUUACUGUUUCAGGACAAACACCUAAUGAUCACCAUGUAUAUGUGCAUGACUAUAACAUGCUUUGUAGACGGACAGUUGAGAGACAUUCAGACACCCAAAGAUCGAAUGUUUGGCCACCCGAUAAAUGACAUAGACAAGCGCACCUACAAGUCAUCGAUCGGUGGCCCUGAUCGCUUCAGAUUCUAUUACAUUGGUCUUGGUAAGCGAUCUGGAAAGGAUCUCACUGAGAAUCAAGGUUUUAAUCCACACGACAUGGCUAUUUACAAGUUUUCAAAAAAUAACCAUGACCCAAUCUCGCUUUUUGACGUAUGGAAAAUAUCGAAGCAAAACGGUCCAGGUUUGACAAACGAUCACCUUCUAAACACUAUGAUAUACAGACGGAUGUUGAGUAAUGCGUAUGACAAGCGAGACCCUGAACUGUUUACGGAAGACUUGUAUCCGAUACAAUCUGGAAAGCAACUAUUUGAAACAUACAUCGAUUCGGCACUUGACCAAAUGCAGAGGUGGGCUGAAGAGACGUCGCAAAACGGAGAGAUUCUAGACAAGAUUUCUGCAGUUGAGAUGGCAAAACAAUUCUCCAACGACACAAAUGACUAUUUAAUUACCGAAUCCUUGCAUAUUAUUGAUAAUGAACCACCUAAAUCUGAGAUUAAAACCCAGUCAUUCGAUUUGACCUUUUCUUCACCAGACAUGAGCAGUUAUCUGCUCCACCAUACACGUGAUUCGAUUGAUAAAGCGGAAGCAAGUGGCGAUACCAAAGAGAAAAAAUGGUGGGCGGCAGACAGACUUAAUGAGUUCAGGUUACCGAAGUCAAAAUGGUCUCCUCGUGCUGGGAAAAACAAACAUGUUGACCCUGCUUUUUACUUUAUUGGUCUUGGGAGAAAGUAACGUUUGUUUGUUUUUUGUAACUCUAAAUUUCCCGGGUGAAAUCGGAAGACAAGCAUAAUUAUUUUCUCCAAAUUGAGAAACUUUAAACUGA